GAGCCGCCAAGCUUUACGCCUACUGGAUUGUGGUGAACUUCCGCGAGGCCUACAACAUGUUCGCCGUCAACGGGAUCCUCUUUAACCACGAGAGCCCGAAGAGAGGUUCAAACUUUGUGACUCGUAAGAUCAGCCGCUCCGUGGCGAAGAUCCACCUGGGCCAACUGGASAGCUUCAGCCUGGGCAACUUGGACUCCAAGAGGGACUGGGGCCACGCCAAAGACUACGUGGAGGCGAUGUGGCUGAUGCUGCAACAGGAGGAGCCAGAGGAUUUCGUCAUCGCUACAGGGGAGGUGCACAGCGUCAGGGAGUUUGUGGAGAAGGCUUUCAAACAUGUGGGAAAGACGAUUAUCUGGGAGGGAAAAGAUGAAAAGGAGCUCGGUCGUUGCAAAGAGACCGGGGUGGUCCACGUGAAGGUGGACCCAAAGUUCUUCCGUCCUACUGAAGUG